CACCAUACCACCCAACCGCAACCUACCGAAGCCAGGCUACCGCUAAGCAGACAAAAGGGAAACAGUCGCGCUCGCCGAUACCGACUUUUUGCUCAGCGCCAUGGCUAUCACCAACUUUGAGAUCUUUGCCACGCGCCUGCGCGAUGAAAAGCUGGACGUCAAGCUCAAAGGCACCAUUGCGCUCGACCUAUGCGAGAAUCUGGAGCUGAUUCAGCCGCAGGACUAUGCGCGCUUCGUCAGCAUACUAUGGCCAGUUAUUCGCGACCUGCUACUCAAAAUACCCCCUGUGUUUGUGAACUCGGCUCCCGAGCAGAAGCUGCGGUCGACGUUGCUUGAGAUUAUCCAGCGCCUUCCGCACAGCGAGGUUUUGCGGCCGAUUGCCUUGGAUGUGGUGACAACGCUGAUGUCGCAGGUCAAGAACGAGAACGAAGAGAACGCAGUUUUGUGUCUCAAGAUUAUAUAUGAGGUGCACCGCCUUUUCAGGAACAGCAUGGAUCCGAUGGCGGUAUCGUUCCUCGAGCUGGCUAUGCUGAAGGUACUGGACACAACCGACACGCCGUCAUCACUCUCAACGCCCAACAUCAGCCUCAUGUCGCCUGGUGCCAUGUCGCCUGGCCCCGACACUGCCGACUCGUCGGUGAAGAACCUUGGCAGGGCCACUGGGUCGUUCAAGGUCAUGACCGAAAUCCCGAUCAUCGUCGUAUCGAUUCUCCAGUCAAACAACGGCCGCAGGUUCGCCGACCCAUUUGUCGGAAAUAUACUGCCGCUCAUCCUGCACAUGCUUGAGCUCAAUCCCCGGGGCAAUGCCAUCUAUGACCACACGCCGGGUGCUCAGCAGCUGCCUCUCAGCCAGCACUGGCGCGCAGCGUACUCGGAGUUCAUCACGGCGCAGUCGAAAACACUGUCCUUCCUGGCGUUUUUUGCCCGUGGAUUCACCGGCCUGCUGAUUCCGAGCCAGGACCGUGUCGCUCAGCUCACGCACCAGCUGCUGUGUGCAUGCCCAGCCGACGCCACUGCCACACGCAAGGAGAUGCUUAUUGCCACGCGCCACAUCGUAUCGACAAACCUUCGCACAGCAUUUGUGCCCAUUGCUCAUCGAUUCCUCGAUAUGCAGGUUCUUGUUGGCUCAGGGCUUGCGAGCCAGUGCAUCUUGAAACCCUUCGCCUUCAGCAUGCUGGCAGAUCUGAUGCACCACAUUCGGUCCGAGCUGUCGCCGCUGCAACUCACAAAAAUGGUUGACUUUUACUCGGGCUGCAUGCAUGAUCAAUCGCUGAGUCCCAAUGUCCACACCAUGUGCGCAAAGCUUCUGCACAACAUAACCGAGUGCAUCAUGUCCAUCCCUGACAAGCGCCAGGGCCGCAUCCUGCUGCUCUCGAUCCUCAAGACGUAUGUCGCAGGGUUCUCGGCCAUUGGCUGCUUGUCAGCUGCUGCAAUCAACGAUAUCAAGAGCGGCCAGAGGUUCUCUGAGGAGACGCUGUACUCGUCAGUCGACCUGAUCCGCACCGGUGCGCCCGAGAACACUGAGAAGAUCAAGGACCUGCGGCUCUACCUGCGCAGUCUUGUGACUGGCUGCAAGAACGUUAUCUACGCGCUGAAGCGCUGCAAUUCUUCACUGGCACUGGGCAUCGGCCCUAACGCACAGGCAGCAGCAGCGGCUGCGACGGCCAAGGACGAGGGCGAGUCAACAGCCAUGGCUGUUGAUCAGAAGGAGCCCGCCACCACAGGAGCAUCGGCAAUUAUCUCCAACAAAGAAGGCGAUCUGGCUGGGUUUGAGCUCGAGCUUUUGUCGUCGCUGUUCCGCGAAGGCCUGCGGGCAUGCGCCCAGCACUAUCGCGUGGAGGCGCAGAUCAAGCUGGUGGACCGCGAGUGCAAGGAGCAGAUUGAGCACUUUGCCAACCUGUUUGUAUCGCUGGACCCGGCGGUCUUCCACGAACUGUUUACGUCACAGUUCGAGUUUGCGUUUGACACCAUGAUUGAACAGUGCGCGGCCAUCGCCAGUGUCCAGGUGUUUGUCUCGUGCGAGCCCACUUCGCCGGCGUUUAUGUCGAUCAUGCUCAGGUUCCUCUGCAGCCGCCUCGAUCAACUGGGCUCCGACGAUGAAGCACUGACGAGCACCAUGCUGCACCUGUUCAAGAUUGCCUUCCUGGCGCUGACAUUCUUCCCCGAAGCCAACGAGCCUGUGCUGCAGCCAUAUGUGCAGCAGAUCAUCAAAUCGGUGCUGACGAUCUCAAAGACGACCAAGAAGCCCGAGAACUACUUCUUGCUGCUACGCGCGCUGUUUCGCAGCAUCGGCGGCGGCCGCUACGAAUCCCUAUACAAGGAGGUGUUCCCGAUUCUCCAGAACCUCCUCGAGACUCUGAACAACGCGCUUGGGUUUACAAAGCAGGCGUCGCCGAUGCAGGAGCUGUUUGUGGAGAUCUGCCUUACCGUACCGGUUCGUCUCAGCGUGCUCCUGCCAUACCUGUCAUUGCUGAUGAAGCCCCUGGUAUAUGCGCUCGAGUCCGGCCCUGAGCUUGUUAGCCAGGGCCUGCGCACGCUUGAGCUGUGCAUUGACAACCUGACACGCGAGUUCCUCGAUCCGAUCCUGAUGCCCGUCAUGAGCGAGAUCAUGUCGUCACUGUGGCUGCACCUGCGCUUGCCGUCCAGCGCGUCGACGCACGCACCAGUGGCGGCGCGGAUUCUCGGUAAGCUUGGUGGCCGCAACCGCCACAUGCUGCUAACUAGGUUCCCCAAGGACCCGAACGAGCAGAUGGCAUCUAGCGAAGACCAGUUCUCGGUCCCGCUGACGUUCGAGGGUCUGCCUGGGCUCAUCGAGAUGCCGCUAGCAGAUGCGAUCCAGAUGAAUCUGGCCCGCAAGGAUGCUGUAGAGUUCGUUGUGUCGUGUGCCCAGUAUGCGCUAGUCUUGCCGUUUGUCGGAAAGGGAAAUGUCGCGGAUGUGCUGGCCGAAGCUCCGCAGCAUGGUAGGCGUCUUUGCGAGCUUUACUCGAACCCAAUGUCGCUGAAGCGCCUGGCCAACAUCUCUGCGACCCCACUCAACAAGAACGGCUUGCUGCGUAUCAUCUGGUCCCUGAGUCUUGCUACAGCUCACAGCGAAGAAGCCACAGAGCUGCUGAAGACCGUGACAUCGCUGGGCGCCUUACAGCACAUUAUCCAUAGUGUGGAAACCGCCAAGCCAGCUAGCCAGCCGUCCCCGCCGUCCUGCUCGACUAGUCUCUCACAUUGCUCGCUGGGCGACGUCGUCCCUGAGGCGAUUGCAUUGGCCUUGGUCGCAGAAUCCGAGUCGCUGCGUGAAAUCGGCUGCCGCAUGCUGCGCUCCUUUUACAGAUCGCUGCGCGAGUCACUGUCUGAUAAGGUCUCAUUAGUUGGCCAAUUGCCUGCCAUGCGCCGGAUUGUGUCGGAGAUAGGAGCGGAUGCACAGGGCAUUGCGUUUAUUGUCAAAGAGCUCGAUCUUGGCCCGCACUGGCUGACAGAUAACCUGAUUGAGCUAAGCAAGGCGCUGCUGUUCACGCUGAAGGACACGCACACGAACGCGCUCUAUGACAACACGCCGAUCAGCUCGCGCGAAACCAUCCUAGAAAUUGUCCAGAAGGCGUUCCCGAUACCCGACCCACCGCUGCAGCCAGAGCCAGUCUCUGCGCCUGCAGUCAAUUCUGAGCCUAUGGAAGCUGAGGCGGAUGGUAAGCAGCCAGAGUCUGAGGCUGCAGCUGACGGUGACCACCCCGCUGAGGCUGCCAAGGAAUCACCAAAGGAAGCCGACAAAGGUACCGAUAGCGAUGCACCUGAGGACACAGAAAAGCCCAAGCCUGACGAGGCAGCCAUGGAUGUGGAGAAACCAGUGGAGGACAAGGACGAGAAGAAGGACCAGAAGGCCAUCAGUGACGACACUAUGACAGAUAAGCCUGAGGAGUCUGCAGCCAGCGGUACCGACAAGCCUGUCGAGUCUACUGAGCCUGUCGAGUCUGCCAAGGAUGGUGCUAGUGGAUCUAAGAUCCUUGAAGAUGAUGCCGGUGCCAAACAGGAGCCGCCCAAGUCGGACGUCCCUACCUCCAAGCCCAGCAGCGACACGAAUGCAUCGCGGCACCAGACUCCCGACGCCUCCGCGCCCAAGCCAAACACACCAGCAAUCACCCCUCAGCAGACGCAGCAGGCCGCCCAGGCUCUGCAUGCGCAGCAGGCACAGCAGACGCUUAACACAUUGGCUGCGCGCCUGUCACCUGAGAACAGCCGCUUGGUGCGCGAGACAGUUAAGGCGUGCCUGGACAUCCUUGUCAAUGUUACUGGUUGCAGUAUCACUGCGCUACUGACGCCGUGCCGUGACCGCUUGCUGGUACCUAUCUUUGGCAAGCCCCUGCGUGCAUUGCCGCACAACAUGCAGAUCGGCAACAUCGACGCGAUCACGUACUGCAUGUCGCUAGAGCCGCCGUUCAUGGAGAUCAACGAGGAGCUGAUGCGCCUUCUGUCGGAGGCCCUGGCGCUGGCCGAUGCCGAGGAUCAGGCGCUGGUCAACCAUCCAGCACAGAUCCGCAGCAACACUGUGUCGCUGACGCCACCUGCGCCAUGUCUCUCACAGUCACGGCACAACACAACCCGCGCACGCAUCAUCUCGGUGUUCUUCAAAUCGCUUUACCACAAAUCCAUUGAUGUGGUAGAGGCUGCAAACGACGGCCUGCGCCAAGUGCUCCAGCAGCAGCAAAAGCUGCCCAAGGAUCUGCUGCAGGCUGGUCUCCGUCCAAUCCUGCUCAACCUGUCUGACUACAAGCGUCUGACUGUGGCCAGCCUCGACGGCCUUGCCCGGCUGCUGCAGCUGCUGACAAACUACUUCAAGGUCGAGGUCGGCCGCAAGCUGCUCGACCAUAUGCAGCAGUGGGCGAACCCGCAGCUCCUGCAGGCCGCGUCUAGCAAGGCAAUUGACGACCUCCACGAGAUCAAGAUCCUGGUGGCCAUCCUGCAGGUCUUCCACUUGCUGCCCACCUCGGCCAACGUUUUGCUUGACGAUCUGGUUAGCUCUGUGGUUAACCUCGAGGUCAACCUAUGUCGCCGCGAGUCGAGCCCGUUCCGUGAACCGCUGUUCAAGUUCCUGACACGGUAUCCGAAUGAGUCGGUCGUGUAUUUCAUGGGCCGGAUCGAGAACACACACUAUGCGCGGAUCUUUGCGCAUGCCCUGCGCAGCCCGACGUGCGAUGCUCUGCGCGAAGCGCUUGUCGGCCUCACACCCAAUAUCAUCAAGGCCAAGAGCGAGAGCACCAGCGCAAUGGCAACACCUGGCCAACAGCAAAUGACCAAGCCAGCAGCAGUGCCGACCGAGGCCACGUACAAGCGCCUGGUCAUCGGGAUGCACAUCAUGACGAUGAUUCACGCUGGGCUGGAGAAGAACCCAAAGUGGAUUGAGGCGCGGCCUGAUCUCUUGCAGGCAGUGAUUGAAAUGUGGAACGCUAUCGCUGCUGUGUCGACGCAGUCCGACCAGGCACACCAGCUGGCCAAGAUCUGCUUCCUUGAGCACUACAUCGCAUCGCUGCUCAUUGCAACCCGCGUGAUGUCCAACCCACCUGCAGUGCUGUUCAAGCUGCUGGAAGCCUGUGGUCGCAGUUCUGACAUCAUCGACACGCACCAUAUCUUCCGCUACGUGUGGGACGAGCUCAUUGUCAAGUGGCCGAUUAGCAAGCGUCGCGAGAUCCUGACUGCGUUCAUGAGCCAGCUCGGAGACACCAGCACGUCGGCUGAUGCCAACGCGAUAUUGAUGCAGCGGCUGGUCAACCCACUGGUGGCGACCGUGUUCAGCCUGCCGGCGAUUGCAGCGACCGAAGGGGGGAGGACAGAUCUGACUGCUGACCAGCGCGGCGCCGAGCUGCUAAGCGACAAUGUCCUCUUGUGGAUCCAUAAGCGUGUCUGGAUUGCCUUGGUCUCGUCGGGGCACCAUAUGUCGCCAAACAUCAACGACUCGGUGCGCCUAGAGAUGGUGCGGCUGUCGUCGUCCCUGAUCCGCAGUGCUGCCGUAGUCGUGACCGAUUCUCGUAAAGACAUCAUCAAGUUUGGCUGGCAGUUCAUCCGCGACGACGACAUCCUGAUAAAGUACGCGUCGUAUGUGCUGGUAACGCAGUUCAUUGUUGCGUUCCAGACGCCAGUCAAGAUUGUCAGCCAGGUCUACACGUCGCUGCUCAAGGCGCAUCAUGUGGAAAACCGCGUACUGGUGCGCCAGGCACUCGAUAUCCUUAUGCCGGUCUUGGCAGAGCGCCUGAAUCCGAGCAGCCUUCCGCAGGACCCGAACGAGAUCCCGUCUUGGGCGCGGUGGGCCAAGCGAGUGCUGUUUGAGCAGAGUGUUUCGGUUGCCCAUACGACGCAUAUCUAUCAGCUGAUUGCUGCCCAGCCCACGAUGUUCUACCCGUACCGCAUGCAGUUCGCGACGAGCCUCGUUGGCAUCCUGCAAAAGAUGUGUUUAACGCAUAGUGCAACGACCGAGACGCGCACUCUGGCGCUUGAUAUAAUGGACCUGUUCCUGAAAUGGCACGCUAUGCAGGAGAAGGAAUCCAGUGCGUCGUCGGCAGCUGCUGCGAGCACAUCAGAAGCGCAAGGCGGAGCAGCCGCUGGCACACCACCUGCGCCCGAUCUGCUGAUGACAGAGGCCCGACGCGAGACCAUCGUCGGUCUGCUGCUGCGCAUGCUCUGUCUGGUGUUCGACUUUGCGCUCAAGUCAACUCUUGGACCGCGUGCCCUCGAGCUCUUGUCGAGCUAUCUCGAUACGUCAAAGUGGCCGCCGAUGCACCUGCGGCUGACGUUCUUUGAGCGCUCGAUCCAUCAAAUCGAGCAGCAAGGCAUGAACAACCAGCUGGUGCUGCAUAUUCUGACUGUACUAUCGACGGUCACACAGCACAUGCAGCCAGUGUGGUUUGAGGAGUACUAUAGCAAUCUGGUGACGGUUGUGCGCAAGUGCAUCUCUGUCGAGAACACCCAGGUGCAGCGGAUCAUUGCCACACUGCUGCGCCAGCUGUACGAGCAGGCGGCUGAGAACGAGCGUCUUGGGAGCUCCAACAUCGUCGCCGAUCUGAAAGCCCUUGUCGAGUCGCUGAUUACCGAAAACCUGCAGAGCAACACCAAUCUGUUUGGGACGCUGAUGAUCCUGCAUGCGACCGGCAAGUACAUUGGCGAGCAGUUCUACUCGUACAUCCCGACGCUGAUGAAGUUUGUGCAAAAGUACACAAAGGAGCACAACACGCACAGCGGUAGUGCUGCAGCUGCAGUGCCAGCCGGCCCCUCUAGCCUGUCGACGCAGUCGUCUGCAACUUCAGUGACAGGAGUAGGGGGCUCGGCAGCUGGCGUGGUCCCGCCGAAGCUUGCAACCACCGAAGGCGAGAUCGUAGCGACACUACUGGCAAACAAGAAUCUGACGCUGACAGUUGAGGGGCUGGUACGUGGCGAAACUUCUCUUGACACGCUGCUCAUGCUGGUUCUUUUACUCAAGGACUACAUCUCGCGUCUUGGUGACCAACGGCGCAGCUUCCUGACGUACAUCAUCCAGCUUAUUGAGCGGUCCAGCGACCCGUGCCUGCUGCAUGUUGUAUUGGCAGUUGUGCGCGAGUGGGUGCUAGAUCCCCAGGAGGUGUUUCCAACGAUCAAGGAGAAGGCGAUGCUCAUGUCAUCGAUGAUGAGCUUCGUUCAUGGGUCAGUAUCGGCCAACGACAAUACUAGCCGCACCAAUGCACGUGCUGCAGUGGCUGCUGCUGCCGCUGCCGCCGCUACCACUGCCACCGCUUCUUCAAGCCCUGCUACCAGAUCGGCAACAGGUACCGCACUGGACGCCAACGGCAAUGUCGACAUGUUCUCGCUGCUUGAGCGCAAGUACCUGUCGCUGGUGCUGGAGGUUUACAAUGACCCACGGUUCACGCGCUCAGAAAUGACCAUGCGUCUGGAGCAGGCCUUCUUGUCGGGGAUGCAGAGCGAAGACUCGGAGAUGCGCCACCGGUUCCUUGAUACGUUUGAUGCCAAUAUGCCGCCUUCGCUGCCUGUGCGGCUCAACUAUCUGCUGGAGACGCAGAACUGGGAGAGCGUGUCGUCGACGUUCUGGCUGCAGCAAUGUCUGCCGCUUCUUUUUGCAUCGACUCACCAGCAGGCGAGUCUGAGGCCGUUUGUCAUGCGCAGGAUUAUCGGCGACAAGACCGGUAGUACCGCGGACCAUGGCUCAGGAUCGAAGCUGAUUGAUGUCGAUGCAGAUUCGCGUAUGGAUGUCGAUAUAGACGGCGAUUCCACAAUGGACGCUCCCCGAGUCGCUCACGCAAAUGGAUCUGGCGAUGUAGAGGACAUGGACACAGACGAGGCUGAUAAUGUGGUUAACCACCACAGCGUAGCUGAGAAUGGCUUUACCAGAAGCGCUAUUUCUUCGACUGAGACUUCAGGUUCUCCGUUUGCUGUCGGCACUAUUGUGCGACCACUGGCUCGCAUGGUCCUGCUCGACACCCAGUUUGCCUGCAGCGUGUGGGUCAAGCUGUUCCCACUUGUCUGGCAUAACCUGAGCAGCAAGGACCAGCAUGACUUGACCAGCGGGAUCAUCCGGCUCCUGGCCAAGCCCUACCACCAGGCACAGACCUCUUCUCGUCCCAAUGUAAUCCAGGCGAUCUUGGACGCGUGUUCUGCGUGUACGCCGAUGCCACGGCUGCCACCGCAGCUCCUGCGGUACCUUGGCCAGACAUACGGCGCGUGGUACUCGUCGCUGGCGAUCCUGGAGCACAAGAUCUUGGACCGGACGGAGAUUGAGUCGGCUAUCUUUGACCGUGCCAUGGGAGUCGAGCUUGGAGCCUUCGAUGCGCUGACUGAGCUGUACACAACCUUGUCGGCCAGCCACUACUUUUACGGCGCAUGGAAGCGCCAUGGGCAGUACCACGAGUCGCACAUUGCCCUGGCGUACGAGCAGCUCGAUGACUGGGCUAACGCGCAGGCAUCUUACGAGCAGGCACAAGCAAAGGCACGCGCUGGCGUUUUACCGUUCUCGGAGUCUGAGUACUGCCUGUGGGAGUCGCGGUGGAUUGAGACGACGCGCCGCCUGCAGAGCUGGGAUAUGCUGCAGGAUCUGGGUGUCAACGAGUCGCUGCCCGAGAUCGAGCUUGAUGCAGGAUGGCGGCUGUGGUCGUGGCCUGAGCGCCAGCCGCACAUCCGCCAGCUCAUCAAGGCAACCCCAGCCGAAUUCUUGGGCAGCGCACGGGCCAAGUUCUAUGAGACGUAUCUGUCGCUGAUCAAGAAUGGAGGCGAGCGCGCAAAGACCGCCGACUUCCAGCGCGUGUGCAAGGAAGGCAUCCGGCUGUGCUUGCAGCAGUGGAACGAGUUGCCGCCUGUCGGGACACCCGCCCACAUCAACAUCCUGCACAUGUUCCAGCUGAUGGUUGAAUUGAGCGAUGCCAGCUCCAUCUACCUCAGCCUGGCAACCACCAAGGCUGAGAAUCUCGAGGUCAAAUCGACGGACCUCAAGUCGGUGCUGCAGACGUGGCGCGAGCGGCUGCCUAAUAACAGCGACCCGAUCAACAUCUGGAGCGACCUGGUCGCUUGGCGCCAGCACAUCUUCAAGGCGAUCAACGAUGUCUAUGUGCCGUUCAUUCCUCAGCAGGGCGGCACAGCCAACGAGGAUACGCAAGAGACAUCUAAAGCAGGGAACAAGAAGGGAGGCAACAAGGCCGAUGCAAAGGGCAGCCGUAAAAACGAUGCAAAGGAAGACACACCCAAGUCUGCCACGCCGGCCAACUCGACGCUAACAUCGUUUGCGUACCGCGGGUACCACGAGAUGGCGUGGAUCAUCAACCGGUUUGCUCACGUUGCGCGCCUUCAUGGGCUCAUAGAUGUGUGCAUCAGCUCUUUGACCCGCAUCUACACACUGCCUAACAUUGAGAUCCAGGAGGCGUUCCUGAAGCUGCGCGAGCAGGCCAAGUGCUACUACGAUCGGCCGGACGAGCUGCAGAGUGGCCUGGAUGUUAUCAGCAACACAAACCUGAUGUACUUCCAGCAGUACCAGAAGGCCGAGUUCUUCACUCUCAAGGGCCAGUUCCUGACCAAGCUCGGCAAGCUGGAGGAUGCCAACCAUGCCUUUGCCAUGGGCAUCCAGGUUGACCUGGCCUCAGCCAAGGCCUGGGGAGCGUGGGGUCGCCACAACGACUACCGCUUCAACAUGAAUCUGAGCGACACGACGCAGGCAGUCAACGCUAUUAGCUGCUAUAUGCAGGCGGCGGGCCUGUCGAAGCGCCCACGUGUGCGUCGGUAUCUGGCACGCACCCUGUGGCUGCUGGGCCAAGACGACGAAGCCAGCAACGUGUGCACGGCCUUUGACAACUACAAGAGCGAGAUGCCAACGUGGUACUGGAUUGCGUUCAUUCCGCAGCUGCUCGUUGGUCUGGACGCCAAGUACAGCCGCCAGUCGCUGCAGAUUCUGCUGCGCAUCGCCAAGCAGUACCCGCAGGCACUGCAUUACUCGCUGAGGACCGCUCGCGAGGAAAGCCUGUUGGCGCGGCGCCAGCAGCAGGUGCAGGAGGCUAGCAAUUCGUCGUCUGCUGCCAACACGAACGGCAACACACCGAACCCGCGGCAGGAGCCGACGCUGGCAGAGAAGAUUGACGAGCUUAUGUCGAAGCUCAAGACCGCGCACCCGCUGCUGACGCUGUCGAUGGAGAGCAUGAUCGACCAGAUUGUGCAGCGUCUGAAGCCGUUCCCCGAAGAGGACAUUUAUCGUCUGGUGCAUGCGCUGCUUAGCGACGGGCUGCAGCAGCUGCACGCACGCGUGUCGCAAAACAACUACGACAUGACCUUGCUAGACACCAUUGUCUCCAACACUUGCCGUGUUGCUCGCAGCCUGCCGUCGGGUGUCAUCAAGACACACUUUGAGAAGGACUUUGGCAAGGUGCACGAGAUGGACCUGCGCACCUACGUCACCCGGCUCCACCAGAUGCUCAGCCACUUCAGCCCGUUCUUGGUUGAAUUUGAGCAGCAAAAGUUUGAGGACGUCGAGGUUCCCGGCCAGUACCUAAUGCUGACCGACAACAACGAUGAGUUUGUGCGGAUCGAGCGGUUCAUGCCGCAGCUGACGAUCACGCUGGGCACCAGCAAUGUCUCGCGUCGCCUGGCCAUCCGCGGCACCGACGGCAGCAUUGCGCAUUUCGCCGUGCAGCAGUCGACAUCCAAGCACAACCAUCAGGAGGAGCGCUGGGUGCAGCUGUAUCGGAACUUGGACCGUGCCUGUGAGGAGGAGCGCGAUGUGUGCGAGCAGCGCCGGCUGGCACUACACCUGCCUACCAUUGUCUCAUUGGCGCCGCAUAUCCGACUGGUUCAGGAACAGCCGCAGUCAUUUACGCUGCAGGAUGUGUACGACGAAGCCCAGGUCCUGUACUUUGUCGACAAGAUGCGUGAGGUGGCCGGACAAGUGCCCAGUGCUGAGGAUGCCAACCGGGUGCUGUUUGAACAGAUCUGCCAGCGCUUUGUGCCCUCAACGCUGCUCUCUGACAAUGUGCGCGCUCACUCGAGCUCGCCGAUGGCAUACUGGCUGUACCGCGAGUCGUUCUCGUUCCAGGUGUCAGUCAGCAUGGCGCUGACGUACAUAAUUGCCAGCACACAGCGGGCACCUGCCAAGCUGACUAUUUCGCGCGACGACGGCAGUGUCUGCCUGACAGACCUGGUGCCGACACAGGCAUCGCCGGGUCUGAUCCACAGCAAGGAGCCCGGUGCCGCGUUUGUCACCGAACUUGGGCUCGAGGGCAUCCUGCCGUUUGCUGUGCACAAGGUUGCUGAUCGAUUUGCCAGCGAGGAGUACCUGCUGCGCGACUUCCUUGAUCUGUAUGUCACCGACGAACUUUUGCACAUGCCUACCGUCAAGGCGUUAGCGGCCAGCAACCCGCAAGCACUGGUUGAGAUGUGCGAGCGCAAUGUUCAGCUGAUCACACAUCGUGUGAAGCAGCUUGUUGAGAUCCUGCCACCAGAGAAGGUGCACGAGCUUGGCGCUUCCCCGAUGCAGCCGCUGAUCCAGCUGUUCAUGCAGGCUGUUGACCCGACUAACCUGGCAAAGAUGGACUUUUUGUGGAUGCCGUGGCUGUGA